AUGACUAGCACCGCGGUGCUCGUGAUCAAGACGAUGGCCGCGUGCACGGGCAUGAUCAUGAUCCUCAGCCCCUCCAUCCUCAUCUACCGAGUCUUCAAGACGAAGGACGUCGGCGUGGCAUCCGUGAUCCCGCUCGUCACGCUCUUCUCCAAUUGCCAUGCUUGGGCAGUGUGGGGAUACAUGAUAGAGAACUGGUUCCCAAUUUUCUGGAUCUACGUCGUCGGAGACGUCAUCGCGUUGGUCUUCCUCUCAGUGUACUGGAAGUACACCAAGCAGCGCCGCUACGUGAACCGAGUGCUGACGAUAAUGGCGGCCAUCCAGGCAGUCGUCACCAUCUACGCGAUUAUCGGCGGCUUCGGCUACACGAACCAGUCGAGAGACAGCAUGAGCACCGUCCUGGGGCUUGUCGCCGACGUGACCGCUAUUUGCAUGUACGCCGCUCCAAUGGAGAAGUUGCUGCAAGUGCUCAAGUACAGGUCGGCGGCUUUUAUCAACGCGCACAUGGUGAUCGCCGGACUUACGAACAACUGCCUCUGGUUCACGUACGGUGUGCUCACGGACAACUGGUUCAUCAUCUCGCCCAACAUCAUCUUCAUCUCGCUCAACACGUUCUCGCUGGUGCUUUGCGUUGUGUUCGACCCCAAGACACACCCACUACCUGAAGAUUUCCACGUCCAAGGCGACAACGAGGGUGAAGUUAUGUCGAGCUGCAAAGGAGACAGCACGCUUCCAAGUCCGGCGUUUGAAGCCAUGCAUUCUCCGCUGGAGUGCAUCCAAGUAAGCACCACCGGUCAGCAGCUUCGAUAG